UCGACUCAGCCACUCUUCUUCAUUCCCUCUCCGCCAGCCCCUCCCUUCCCCUUUCUCUGCUCCCAUCCCAAUUUCUAAAGUAGUAGAUCCACUCUGAUCAAGAGUGGCUAUUUUCCCCACUGUUUGUGGCAGUGAGAACUAACUUUGAAGCUUGAACCCGUUGAAAUAGUUCUAUGGGCAAGAUGCAGCUUAAACGCUGCAGCGGCCCAUCGUACUGGUCAGUGACCCAAGCCCUGCUAAUUAGAGCUCAAAAUUCCCCGUGGCCGCUGGUUACAAAUGGAGAGUCCCCCCGAGUGGAUAAUUGACAUGACUCUAGGAUCUUUUCCCUAGGAAUCAAGGACUCCUUGCUGCGCUUCUACCGAAUUGUGCCUGGAAAGAAAGGCAGGCUGGGGUGGGGCGGGGGGACAGGUAACAGACCCGUGGUUUUCUACAGUCCUAAGUGACUGAGUAAAGAAGGGAAAUGAAAUCCAGUAGGACUGCCUGAGCUUUUGGAGGGAGGUAUGCUAGCGAAGGGGAGAGGAGAAGGCCCUCCCGGACUUGAGGCCUGGCCCUCUGGGUCUGUUCUGAGCCGUCUCUGAACUGAAAGAACCUUCAGAGCGUCCAUAUUAUCUGUCCUUUUUUCAGAUACGUUAUAUCUGCCUUUGGCCCCUGACUCUUGCUCUUCCCCUCUGACUCAGGCCAGCUAGGCUCCUGGGCUGAGCACAAACCCCUGGCCAGAGCAGCCAGAGCGCAGGCUCCUUCCUCCACAGCCCGCCCCGAGCCUUGGGGUUCCCUCCCUCAGAUGCAUGGUUGGCAGUUUUGUGGGGUCUGAGGUUGGGAAGAUAUCUGGCCUCCUGAAUCCCUGUCUCUGCCCCACUUCCUGCUUCCAGCCAGAGCUAAGCCAUCUGGUUGGGAAGGCACUUGGGCUCUGUGCUGGGGGAAAAUCUUACGGAGCCUUGGAAGCAAGCCAGAGCCAGCCCCUGAUGGGGCCACCUACACCGAGUUCUGCUGGCCCCCACUUUGGGGUUAUUCCCUCUCCUCAGCCCCUAGUCAGGGGGCUCUUGUUCAGAGCACUUCUUGUCUGAGCUAGGAAUGGCUCUUGGAGUUUAGCCUGAGGUGAAUUUAGCUGUCUCUUUCCAUGCACCCUGUCACCAAGGCUCUGAGGUCACUCUCAUGGGUGGACCUCGUUUAGACAGCCCCAGUGGGCCACGUGGCUGGUCACUGAGGCCAAGGAUACGUGGCUUUUGUCCCCACAGGGGUUUUUCAUUCUGAAGUUGUCACUGGACAGUUGUGACCCCAGAAGAGUAUCUCUGUUUCCCAGGAUAACCCCAGUACCUCUGAACACUCAGUAGCUCUGCCCCUCAGGGAGAGCCCUCUGGGAUGCUUGCCUGCUGCACUUUCAGUGCUGGGUCCCCCAACCGUGUCCUGCCAGUGACUUCUUUGUCUGCUCCCUCAGGUAAAGAGGAGGUCAAAACUGCACUGAAGCCUGGCCCUCCUGGCAGGGAGGAAGGGGUUCUAGAGGGCAGCUCAAAGGACGGCAGUGGCCCAUCUAGGAGUCCUCAGCCUCCCACCAGCCCUGUACCUGCAGACACUUCUCAGAGAACCAAGAGUCCUGCACCCACACUCGCCAUGAAUGGCCUGGAGGCUCCCUCAGCAGAAGACCCGAGCGAGGACCCGAGCGAGGAGGCCCCCGGCCUGUCCCGGAAGAGAGUGGCGAACGCAGUGAGGAAGGUGGUGAGCAGGGUGCUGCCUGGAGAGGAGCCUGGGAGCUCCAGGGAGACUCUGAGCCGAGGGGUCAAAUCCCCUGAGCACCCAGCUCGAGGCAAGAAGGGAGAAAAAGCAGCCUCAGGUCCCAAGCCACCACCCCCUCCUCCUCCUCCUCCCCCUGCUCCAUCUAAGCCUGAAGCAAAGAAGGAGGCCACCAAGGAUGAGCUCUCCAUGGGCCUGAGGAGCCUGAUGUCUCGGGGCAGGGGCAAGGACCACAAGCCCCGCAGCAGGCAGUCUCCUGGGAAGGGGGAGAAGGCCUCAAGCCAGGAGCCGGGCUCCUCAGGGAAGCCAGGCUCCCUAGCCAAGCCGGGAAGCCCAGAGAACCAAUGUCCCCCGGCCCCACCGGAAGAGCUGGCUGACCCAGGCUCCGCUGGCCCGAAGGCAAACCUCACUGGAUUACAGCAUUCCAAGUCACCAGCCCCUGACGUGCAGCAGGAGGUACCCGAGUGUGUCACUAACCUCCCAUGCCCCUCACCACCCUCGCUCGAGGGCCAGGCCCCCUCACAACCGUCUUCCCCAAGUCUCCUUUACAGCCCCGCAUGACUGAGAGGCUAGGCCCAGGCCACUGCCAAUGGCAGGAUUGCAUGGCUCUCCCAGACUGAAUGCCUGAGCCCAUGGUGGCCUGGGCGUGGGGAUGAGACCUGCUAACC